CAAACAUCAUACAACGGGGAUGAUGGAACCGAGCACAUAAUAAAGAAGGAUGCCAAACGGAGCGCUCUCCCCCAGGAAAAUUAAUCUGAGCAACAGCAGCCACAAAAGGUAGCGAGUUUACACAGAGAAGGAAACACGCGGCACAGACAGCUCUUUCAAUGCACCCUUCUGGCAAGGAUGGCGGACUUUGUUAAGGCAGGCGAGGAGUUUCCGCUGGCAGAACAAGUUUGCCUGCGCCUCUUUCUAAACAUUCGCAACUGCCCGAGUUCCUUCGGCCGUCUCCUGGACAUUGAACCAUUGCAGGGCUGAAAGUUACCCUCCGAAGAAGAGAGAUACAAACGCCGGGCGAAGAGAUGGCUAAACAGCACGGCCAGGCAGACGAGGAUAUUGAAGGGUAAAAUCUCCUCAUUAAAAAAAAAGCAACAGAUCUAGGCUUCUAGGAUACUUUUUUCCUUCGGUGCUUUUUGCAGUUCCCACGCACGCACGCACGCACGCAGCCAGCCCAUCUCCCCCCCCUUCUCUUUUUUGCUCCCUCUCCUGCUUCUUUUUCUUCGUCUUCUUCUUCCUCCUCCCGUGACUCCCUCUUUAUCCUUCCACUCUCCGUUUCCUAUCUGGAAAGGCGACCCGGCUUGGUUAAGGUCCCUGAACGUGCUGCGUUGCGCCCCCGCCUCCCCACCCCCGGUGGCGUGGAAACAGCCCUGAUUGCAUACUCUGCAUAUCGCAGGCUGUAAGCGCGAGCUGGCUCGCCCGUUUUCGCCCGCUCUCUCUACUCCCUCUCCCCUCUCCCUUGUAUGUGUCUCUCUUGUAGGACUGGCUAUGGCCACCCCUACCUCCGGGCUCCGUCAUUUCAUUCUCCCGCCGAUCAGCGCCGCUAAACUGAGCCUCUUCUAUAAGCCAGCCAGCAGCCAACCUGCCAACACUUACUGACACUCACUCAUCUCAGAGGGAGAGGUGAAGAGGGAGACAAAAUACCUACCGGGAGGGGGGAAAAACAACGCGCGCGCGCACACACACUCACACAAGCACGCACAUACACACGCACACAAAAAGAACGGAGGAAGUCCACGUUUUGCAAACUAUUCCAUUUUUCUUCGCAUCCUACCCCACCCUCCCCCUCCCGGUAGUUAAAAAAAAAAAAGAACCUAUAGCUUUCCUACAAGCAAAUCCCAAACGCGGACUUACUGAGAGAAGAAUCCGAGGUUAAAAGAUUCCUCUUUUCUUCUUCUUCUUCAUCAUCAGCCAUCAUUCAUUCACUACCUUGACAUUCCAUGGCUUUGAUUGACAGCUGGAGUGGCAAAAAGCCAUGAGACACGACAGUUUGGUUACAUGUGGGUUGCUGACGGGCCGAUCGUAACCUUCAGUGUGGGGCUUGGCGACUUUUAUUUUUAUUUUUUUUUUAAAUUACCAUCAAUUUUUUUUACGUAAAAGAAGAAAAAAGGAAAGACACAGAAAAGGGAAAUAAAGAAGAGCACGCGGGGAAAACAGACAAACUCUACGUGGUUUAUUUUUCCCUACUUUUUAUUGUUAUAACGAUUAUCUUUAUGAAUAUUUACGCGUAUUGGAGAACUCUAUAAGUGGGUCGGAGAGACAAGGGAAAAGGGAUUUUUCUUCUUCCUUUCCUUCUUCUUCUUCAGUCACUUUGUUGGUGGUGUUGCUGGACUGGGAUAUUAAAUAUAGGACACAUCCCGGAGUUUAUUGGAGCGCAGACUGAUGGCGCAAAGGUACGAUGAGCUGCCUCAUUACGGCGGGAUGGACGGAGUAGGGGUACCUGCUUCCAUGUAUGGAGACCCUCACGCCCCCAGGCCGAUCCCCCCAGUACACCACUUGAACCACGGCCCGCCACUGCAUGCCAGCCAGCAUUAUGGAGCCCAUGCCCCGCACCCCAAUGUCAUGCCGGCCAGCAUGGGAUCGGCUGUCAAUGACGCCUUGAAGCGGGACAAGGAUGCAAUCUAUGGGCACCCGUUGUUCCCUCUGUUAGCUCUGGUCUUUGAAAAGUGCGAGCUCGCCACCUGCACUCCCCGAGAGCCCGGGGUGGCCGGCGGAGACGUCUGCUCCUCCGACUCCUUCAACGAGGACAUCGCCGUCUUCGCCAAACAGGUUCGGGCAGAAAAACCACUUUUUUCUUCAAACCCAGAAUUGGAUAAUUUGAUGAUACAAGCAAUACAAGUCUUAAGGUUUCACCUUUUGGAAUUAGAAAAGGUUCAUGAGUUGUGUGAUAAUUUCUGCCAUCGGUACAUUAGCUGUUUGAAAGGAAAAAUGCCCAUAGAUCUAGUUAUUGAUGAAAGAGAUGGGAGCUCCAAAUCUGACCAUGAAGAACUCUCAGGAUCAUCCACAAAUUUAGCUGACCAUAAUCCUUCCUCUUGGAGAGAUCAUGAUGAUGCAACGUCAACGCACUCAGCAGGCACACCAGGGCCUUCCAGUGGGGGCCAUGCUUCCCAGAGUGGAGACAACAGCAGUGAGCAAG